GUGUAAUUUUGAGAAUUACUUCAGCAGAGACAAUAGAGGAUCGGAUCUAAGGAAACCGCUCCAGCCUCCUUGGUGAAUGCAACUGACGCUGGUCCCUGCCACUAGCGACACACCAAGACCCUGACAACAAGCAACUUGCUGAAGAUCGCACAGCUGCAAGUGGAGACACCAGGCCUCGUACAGGUCCCCAGCAUGGAAACUGCCUACCUAAAGAAGAGCUUUGGAAACAGCCUGACCCAGGCACUGGCAGAGGUGGCAAGAGUGCGGCCCAGUGACCCAAUAGAGUACUUGGCUCAUUGGCUUUACCACUAUAGGGAUGUGACUAACGCUAAAGAAAAGGCGAAGCAAGAAGAGCUACAGCUAAAAGAGGAGCAUGACAGAAGCCUCCAGGAAGUGAAAAUGACCGAAAUGCAGAAACAAGAGGAAUAUCAGACUCAACAGAAGUGUGAAAAGUGUCACCAGGAUCUGCUCCCUGACGCGCUUUCCUCAAACAAGACCCCAGGCCUGCAGAAAGACAUUUCCCCUCUUGAGGAGGAGACCAGGAGGCAGGAAUCUCCACCAGGUGUCUCCAGGGUGGUUGCAGAAACGCCUCAACGGGUUUUUACCUCUUGAAAAAAUGGCCGGCAAGAGGACCUCUCACCUCAGCUAAGACUGAAGAGUCUGAGGAGGAGGCUGGCUAACCAUGAAUACGUUUAAUCACGUGACAUUUUAGCUAUUGGAUAAAAAUAAACCCAGACCACAGAUUAAAUACAAUAAGGCAUCACACUGAUAAGGCCCUCUCCUCCCACAUUACAGGGUGGAAGCUUGCCCCUCUCCCAUACUUCACUUUAGCUAUGCUCUGCAGUCAGUGC